AAAAAAAAUAUCGGCCAUGAGGAGAUUACUUUUUGCAGGAGAGGCGUUAGGUUUCAUUCCAGUCAAAGCAAUGAUAUCACCCGCAUUGACAGGCAGGAAACACAAACUGGCAUUCAAUCUUAACCUCCUGAUGAGCGAGACAAAACCGCUGUUCAGCAUUUAAUAAUUGGCAACCGUGGGAAUCACUCCAUGACAUAUAAAUAGGGAACUUUUUUUUUUCUACCUUGUACAUGUUUAUUCCCUUUUCUCUUUAAAUAUUCUCCCGACUCUUUUUUUUAAAUACAAAUGACUCCAUCAUUAAACCACGUUACCAAUGGCCGCCCUGUCAACCCAUAUUCUGGCUUUGAUCACCUCCGAUUCACCGUCACCAAUGCAAAGCAAGCCGCCUCUUACUAUUGUACUCGAUUAGGCUUUGAACAUGUCGCCUACCGUGGCCUCGAAACAGGUUGCAGAGAAACAGCUGCUCAUGUGGUCAAACAAGGCGAUGCUAUCUUUGUCUUUGAAAGUCCUAUUCAUCCUGAUUCCAUGCAAGACAUGGCCGCCGAAAUCGCUCGUCGUGGUGAUGGUGUCAAGGAUGUUGCCUUUACCGUCAAGGACUGUCGGGCCGUCUACACCAAAGCCAUCGCUAGAGGUGCAAAGUCCAUCAAAGAACCAGAAGAGAUCACAGAUGAAGAUGGUACCAUCAUUAUGGCUACGUUAGCUACCUACGGCGAUGUUCAACACACAUUGAUUGAACGUAAAGAUUACAAAGGUGUAUUCUUGCCUGGUUAUAAAGAUACUUUAACUGCACUCCGAUACAAGGAUCCUCUCCAAUCCCUCUUACCUCAUGUGCCACUUCAAUUUAUUGAUCAUGUUGUGGGUAACCAAGCUGAUGGUGAAAUGAACCCAAUUGCCGACUUUUAUGAAAAGGCCUUUGAUUUCCAUCGUUUCUGGUCUGUGGAUGAUAAACAGGUCUUUACCGAAUACAGUGCACUUCGUUCUGUCGUCAUGGCUGAUCCUGAAGAACGUAUCAAGGUGCCUAUUAACGAACCUGCAUUAGGUCGUAAGAAAUCUCAGAUUCAAGAAUUUGUGGACUUUUAUGGUGGAGCAGGUGUUCAACAUAUUGCUAUUAAUACCAAUGACAUCAUUACGUCUGUUACGAAUAUGAAACAACGUGGUUGUGAUUUCUUGACGAUUCCUUCAAGUUACUAUGAUACGCUCCGAGCUGCGCUUGUCAACCAUAACAAGGUUUCGAAACGACCUGUGAUUGAAGACUUGGAUGUAUUGCAAUCCUUAAAUAUCUUGGUCGAUUACGAUGAAAAUGGUUAUCUUUUACAAAUCUUUACUAAACCUCUCGAGGACAGACCUACUUUAUUUGUGGAGGUCAUUCAACGUAACAACCAUAAUGGGUUUGGUGCUGGAAACUUUAAGAGUUUAUUUGAGUCGCUUGAGAUGGAACAGGAUAUUCGUGGUAACUUGACUGAUAUGGAACAACCUUCCUCUUAAAAAAAAACACAUUUUAUAUAUAUAUAUCCCUCUUUCUUUUUUUUUUUUUUGUAUACACACACACACAUUUUCAAAUAAAAAAAAAAAAUUAUUCAUUUUAUUAUUAUUCGAGCAAAAAAAAGAC